GUCGCGGCCAUCUUUGAAAGUUGGGAGGUGUACAUAACUAGCGCUGGUCCUCAAGCCUUCUCUUCAAAGUUAGUUUAAUUAAGAUAACGUCACAUAAACAGCUUUGCCCGAGCAUGGCUAGCCGAAAUAUGCAACAAGCGAACAUGCAGAGCUCUAACUCUCCACAACCGGCCAAACGCGGGACCGACUCCCCGGCCCCAGAGCAGUCACCGGCGAACAAAGACAGCCCAGUGCCGCCGCAGCAGCAGCAGUCACCGGCGGCCGAACAAACGGAGGGAGCCGGGGAAAGUAACGAAGAAGCCCGGGCUGAAAUGACUCUGGAUAUCACCAAUUUUCGGAAGCCCGGCGAGAAGACGUUCACCCAGCGCUCACGUCUUUUUGUCGGUAAUCUCCCGCUGGAUAUCCCGGAGGACGAGUUCAAAAACAUGUUUGCUAAAUAUGGGAACAUUAGCGAGGUGUUCAUCAACAGAGACCGGGGGUUCGGCUUCAUCCGCCUGGAAACCCGGACGCUGGCAGAGAUUGCUAAAGCUGAACUGGAUGGGACUAUUUUGAAUAAUCGACCAAUGAGGGUCCGCUUUGCGACACAUGGUGCUGCGCUCACAGUGCGCAACCUUUUGCCUGCUGUCACAAAUGAGCUGCUGGAACAGGCGUUUUCUCAGUUUGGGCCAGUGGAACGGGCUAUUGUUGUGACAGAUGACCGUGGUCGUUCGACUGGGAGAGGCCUUGUGGAGUUUGCAAACAAAGCAUCUGCACGUAAAGCUCUGGAGCGCUGCACAGAGGGAGCACUGCUGCUGACCACUACACCUUGUCCAGCCAUUGUGGAGCCCUCUGAGCACUUUGAUGAUGAGGAUGGACAGCCUGAAAAAUUGCUACAGAAGACUCCAAAGUACUAUAAAGAAAGAGAGCACAAACCACGUUUCGCUCAGCCGGGGACAUUUGAGUUUGAGUACUCAUCUCGCUGGAAAGCUCUGCAUGAGAUGGAGAAACAGCAAAGAGAACAGGUGGACAAGAACAUUAAAGAGGCCAAAGAGAAACUGGAGGCUGAGCUGGAGUCGGCUAAACAUGAACAUCAGCUCAUGUUAAUGAGACAAGAUCUAAUGAGACGUCAGGAGGAGCUGAGGAGGCUGGAAGAACUCCGCAACCAGGAGCUGCAAAGACGAAAGCAAAUAGAGAUGAGGCAUGAAGAGGAGAGGAGGAGGAGAGAGGAGGAGAUGAUGAGACACAGGGAACAGGAGGACCUGAGACGCCACCCAGAUGGCUUCAAACCAAACUACCUGGACAAUAGAGAACAGGAAAUGAGAGUGGGUGAGCUGGGCCCUCGUGGAGCCAUUAAUAUGGGAGAUGGCUUUAACCAGGGUUCUCCAGGGCCCAGUGGUAACCAGGGUCAAAUGAUGGGCAUGAGUGGAAGGGGAGGAGCCAUUGGCCAAGAGGGAACCGCAAACAUGGGGACACCAUUGAUGUCAGAGAAUGGAGCCAUGAUACCACAGAGAAAUGAUAGAUACCCACAGGGUGGAUCAAUGGGGGGGCGACCAGAAGUUGAGUCCCCAAAGCAGCAGCAGCAACAGCAGCAACAGCAGCAGCAGCAGCAGCAGCAGCAGCCAUUGGGCCCUCAAGCUGGACCUGCUCCAGGAUUUGGUAGGGGGAGUCCAGUAGGGGGAGUUUUUGAUGGGCCAAAUAACAAGCGCCGCAGGUACUAACUUCUCUCUGAUCAUGGAGAAACAGUUCUCAUGGAUUCUAAUGCCCCGGCCUGAUCAUCUCUUUUUCUGUUUGACAUCGACCCACUUUCCUCCCUGUGGCAAAUGUUUGCUGAAAAAUCGGACAGAUUUCUUUUUUUUCCUCCUUUUUUUCUGUUGGGCAAGUUGUCACUGAGGGGCAUCUAUUUUGUGAUUGAUGAAACGACUGAUGCUUCUUAUCUUGAUGCUUAUUUGCAGUCUUUAUACACAGUAUUUUUUACAGCAUAUAUUUCUCCUGUGUUUUCUGAAUUAAAUGGUUUGUGGUUCUC